UGAGAGACCUAUCAAACAUCGCAUUGAGAUUGUACCAGGAAGUCAGAUUCCUAAACGGCCUAUAUACCGAAUGUCACCCAAAGAAUUAGACGAGUUGCGAACCCAGCUUGAUGAAAUGCUGGAAAGGCCCAGCUCCUCGCCCUAUGACCCUUCUUUGCACUUUGUCGUCACAACCGACGCCAGUCAGUAUGGGAUAGGUGUUGUACUCCAACAGGAGGAUGGGAAUGGAUACAUGCCUGUGGAGUUUAUGUCCCGACGACUGCCUAAUGAGAAGGUCGCUGCUGCUACGUAUGAGAGGGAGUUGUUUGCUCUCCGAGAAGCUCUGGAUCAUUGGCGACAUUAUCUCUUAGGACGCCACUUCAAAGUGUACUCAGAUCAUGAGACGCUUCGCUGGCUUAAAACGCAGGCCCGGAUGACACCUAAGUUGACUAGGUGGGCCGCUGAGAUUGAUCAGUAUGAUUUUGAGCUAAAGCCAGUUAAGGAUCGCUCCAUUUCUUUUAAGAUCUCAACACUGUUGCACACGCGCAAGAAGGAGAGAGGGAAAGCAAAAGGAGGGAGGCGAGUGGGCGGCGGAGGUUGGCGGAGCGGGAGGCGAGUGGGCGGAAGCGAUGGGCGGCACAGGUUGGCGGAGCGGGAGGCGAGUGGGCGGAGGCGACGGGCGGCGGAGGUUGGCGGAGCGGGCGGCGAGUGGGCGGAGGCGAUGGGCGGCAGAGGUUGGCGGAGCGGGCGGCGAGUGGCCGGAGGCGAUGGGCGGCGGAGGUUGGCGGAGCGGGAGGCGAGUGGGCGGAGGCGAUGGGCGGCGGAGGUUGGUGGAGCGGGAGGCGAGUGGGCGGAGGCGAUGGGCGACGGAGGUUGGCGGAGCGGGAGGGAGUGGGCGGAGGCGAUGGGCAGCGGAGGUUGGCGGAGCGGGAGGUGAGUGGGCGGAGGCGAUGGGCGGCGGAGGUUGGCGGAGCGGG